UUAAACUUACAAAAUCCUUUUAAACUGCGGGAAAAAUUAUUACACACGAUAGUCAAUAGAAAUCAGAAACUUUGAGUUUCCAAACACUGAAACAGAUGACAACUCCUAUUUUUGUAGGGGUCAUUUUGUAGAAUGUAGGACAGGAACUUGAAAGUUAGAUGCACAUGGACAAGGAUUUAUAAUCCUUGUUUAAGUGGGAAGGUCUAUUAACAGGACAGAUACAGUAAAAGGAACAGAUUCCAGAUUUAUAAAGAGUAGAGAAACAGAUUGUAAGAUGGAUAUGUUGGUAGAGUUUCCUAAUAUGGUCCUACAGAAUACAGAAGGAACUAGAUAUGAUGGUUAUUUAACUGUAAUGAAUGAAGACUUCCGUUUGUGCCUAGAAUAUCCAUCUGACAUCACCAAAGCUAAUUUAUCAUGUGAUUGGAAACUAAAAUGCUUAUUGGAUGGUUGUCUUGACGUGCUAAAACAGAGACUUUUACAGAGUAAAUCUUUGCCAAGUUUUCUGCAAGAAAUGACAAGAAUUAUUGAAAAAAAGUUAGAAGUUACAAAAAGUACAAAGUCAUACAAAGAACCUGUAAAAUGUGGGCAGAUUAUAUCAGAAAUUGAGAGUUUAGGAUGGGACAGACUUGUAUCAGUAGAUGCUGACUUCACACUGUUACAAUUCCUUCAUACAGACCAUAAAGGGAGAGACCACAUCCUAGGAAUGAAGCUUCAUCCUCAGCAUCCAGUAGAACCACCUCAGUGUAUAACAGAUCUCCCUGUACCUUUUGAUCCUCAUUGGACAAAUAAAAGUACUCUAGAAGAUUUAUACAACCAGUUCACACACAGUGUAAAUAGUUACCAGUUAUUUUGGGACUGUAUGGAAGACUUAGACAAGAAUACCUGGGUACUUGAACCAGACAACCCAAACUUUAGUGCAGUAUACAGGCGUAUAGCCAUCAGUUCAUCAGCGUACGUUCAGAUCACAGUGGACCCCAAACAACCACAGUUAUUACCAAGUUGUAGAUUUAUGGGAGCUGAUCACAGUGUGAGUCAAUUAAGACAGAACAUGAACUCUAACCUUUAUCACUGGGAUCCAGAAGGAAAUCUUCUAGAGAAUCUACAGAGUUUAUUAGAUGUGACCUUCCCUACUCCUUCAACGUCGAAGAAAGAGGAGUUCAGUAUGGAAUGUGGGAUCUGUUAUUCGUAUAAACUUGACACAGAAUUACCCAAUGAAGUAUGUAAUGACAGUAGAUGUGGACAGGCCUACCAUCAUUCCUGUUUGUAUGAGUGGUUAAGGUCAUCUGGCUGUAGACAAAGUUUUAAUACAGUUUUUGGUGAAUGCCCAUAUUGCAGCAAGCCAAUCACAGUAAAGAUGCCAACAACUUAACUACAGAUUGAUGAUAUCUAUAUUAAUUCUAACCACCAUGGAAUGGCCAGCUGCACAACUCAGAGGUGUACCAGUUCUAUUUAGGAGAGAGAUAACAUUGAAGUCAAGAGCAGCUUCAAAACUUUUCAACAAAUGCCAAUGAUAAUUUACAGUGAUUUGAAUGUAGACUUUGCCGAGUUUAAAAACACUUUUGUUAAUAGGUGCCCACUUUUAAUUAUGUGUUACCAGGUUCUCUCAUACGGGAUGUGUACUCUCCAAGUAUCCUUUAGACACAGAUGUAAACCAGGAGAAAUUAUGAUCUGUUGGAAGAAAAUGAACUGUUUGUACAACAGAAGGUUUAUUGCUAAGAAAUCUCAUAACAUUUAAUAGUGGAAUAUCUAUUAAAUUAUUCAAAAUGUGGCUUUUUAAAAACCGGGUACAUACAAAUUUUAUGGAAUAAAAAUAUAAGAGAAAGAUA